AUGCUUUCUAUUUUUAACUUGCAGGAAAUUGAAGGAGAUGAUGAAAAUGAACAUAAACCGUUUAUGAUACCAGAGUGCCAAAGUGAAAGUGAAGAUACCUGGAGUGAUAUUGAGACAAGAAACAGUGCAGUCAUACCAGAUUUGUUUGCCUCACAAAAGUAUAAACCACAUACAUCUCAACCAGGCACAAUCCCGAAAUCACCACGACCAAGCUGCCCCUAUCCUGGAGAAUCAGGAACCUUGUCCAAGAUUUUAUAUAAGCCAAAUGCCGGCCGAAUGCCUGAUUGCAGCCAGUGGAUCUGCCUGAAGCCAACACCUGCAGACAAUAGCAGUAACAACUCCUCUCAUUCCAAGCCAUGCAAACCACCAGAGGCCAGGUGCUCCACCUUUGACCCCAACCAAUUACCCUCAGGAUCACAGCCCCAACCUUAUCUCGACUAUCUGGGUGGCCAUGUUGCCCUCCCAGAAAUCCCUACCCAGUCCUCCCAUACUAAUAAAUAUCUCACUCACAUGUCAGACUCACACAGUAAUUCAGCCCACAGAGUGUAA